UAUGGGCAUUUGACAUUCCUUGAUGGAGUUAAGGAGAGACUCCAUUUGUUCAAAUCCAACUUGCUUGAAGAAGGCGCAUUUGAUGUCGUAGUUAAUGGAUAUGGAAGUGUAUUUCAUAUAGUGUCUCCUUUUUACCAUGGAAUAAAAGAUCCACAGAUAGAGAUGAUUGAUCCUACAUUGAAGGGGACACUUAAUAUUCUUGGAUCAGUGGCUAAGCACCAUAGAGUGGUUUUGACAUCAUUCGUAGUAGCAGUUGCUUUCAAUGGCAAGCCAAGAACACCUAAAGUGGUAGUUGAUGAGACAUGGUGGUCAAAUUUGGACUUCUGCAGAGAAUCCCAUCUCUGGUAUGUACUUUCAAAGAUAUUGGCUAUUGCAUGGAUGUUUGUGAAAGAUAAAACUUUUAAUAUGGUUAUAAUAAACCCAACAAUGGUUAUAGGCAUUUUGUUACGACCAAUACUUAAUGCAAGUUGUGCUUUCCUCUUACAAUUUCUAAAUAGUGUGCUUUAUUUUAAAGCAACUGAUGUGUCUUUGGUGACUAUCUCAAAGGAUUAUACUGUCAUUCUUGAUGGUGUUGAUGGUACGAAGAAGUCCAUAGAGGAACGAUGUGAACAGAUUAAAUCAGCCAUUGAAUUGAGUACAUCUGACUAUGACAAGGAGAAGUUGCAAGGACUAGCAAAGAUUUCAGGGGGUGUUGCUAAUAUGCAUGUUUAA